AUAGAAAAAAUAUAUAAUUGAGAAGUAUGUGUACAUACUUGCAAAAUCGCAACAUUUUGUGCUAAAAUCUGCGAUUUUGUGUCAGAUUUUGCCAAGUUAAAAAGUCAGAUUUUAUCAAAAUUUAGAAAUCGACGGUUCAUUUCACCGAAACUUUCGGCGGAGUCGUCAAAAAAAUGGUCGAUUUUCGAAAAUGUUUUGCCGAACAAUCGGAGAACAACGUUGCUCGUCGCGUUUUGCGUCGAAUAAACACCACGAUCCGUAAUCCGAAUGUGAGGCGUCUGUUGUCCUUUUUCACGAUCGGCAGGAUCCUCGACGUCGUGCUGCUCAUUAAUGACAAUCAUAAAGUAUUAACGAAACACAUUAUGGUGUCCAUAAAGAGAUUGGGACUUGCCGGUUCAUGCACGUUCUCCAUCGGUCUUAUCAGCUACAGCAUAGGAUUUCCCGCUAUGCUCAAAUCGCAAGUCAAAUCUCAAGUCAGACUGAAAAAGGGAGAAGAAAUACGCGGGUUUUGGGAAAAACUUCCGCAACCGCUGGAUUUUAAUAUUUACGUCUUCAACGUGACGAAUCCGAAGGAGAUCACGGCAGGAGCAAAACCGAUUGUUCAAGAAGUGGGACCUUUUCACUACGAUUUGUACCGGGACAAAGAGAAUCUGGUGGAUCGAGACGAAGACGACACUGUCGAAUACAGUUUGCGACAAGUUUGGUAUUUCAAUUCGGCAAAGAGCAGCGCGUCGGAGAACGCGGAAAUUUACGCGUUUCAUCCUGUCAUGCUGGCGGUAACUCUGCUCACUCAAAUAGAAAAGCCAGCUGCGUUGGGAGUUGUUAGCAAGGCGCUCGACAGUGUUUUUAAGAAGCCCGACUCGAUGUUCAUCAAAACCACCGUAAAAGAGCUGUUCUUCGACGGUGUACGUUUCAGUUGCGUGGAUAUAAAGGAUUUCGCUGGAUCUGCUUUGUGCGGCGUGUUACAGGAAAAGUCGGACACGUUCAUUCUGGAAGGUGAUUCACGUUAUCGAUACGGUUACUUCUCUAAGACAAACGGGACUCAAGUUCCGAAAAGCAUAAGAGUCUACCGCGGGAUCAAGAAUAGCAAGGACGUUGGACGUAUGUAUUCGUUGGGAAACGCUACAAAAAUGGACACAUGGCCCGGCAGUCCCUGCAACGACUUACACGGCACGGACGGAACCAUUUUUCCGCCGUUCCUGACGAAGAACAAAGAAGUCUGGGCGCACUUCCCGGACAUUUGCCGAAGUAUAGGAGCCUACUACGUCGAGCCGGGAAAAGUUCAAGGUUUCAAAACGCUGCACUACACGGCGGACCUGGGAGAUCCGUCCGAGAACAAGAACGUGAGAUGCCUCUGUCUCGAGCCCGAAGGAUGCAUGCCCAAAAAUAUCUACAACGCCGGUCCCUGCUUGAGAGUGCCCAUAAGAAUAAGCCUGCCUCAUCUUCUCAAUUCCGAUCCGCAUUAUUACGAGAUGAUCGAGGGAUUGAAUCCUGAUCCUGAGGAUCACGAACUCGAUAUGGAUUUCGAGCCGAUGACAGCCACGCCGAUGCGCGCGCACAAACGGCUGCAGUUCAACAUGUUCAUACAACCGGUGCCGAAGAUCAAGCUGAUGAAGAACUUCCCCGAGGCGUUGCUACCGCUGUUCUGGGUAGAAGAAGGAGUACUUCUCCCCGACGAGUUUGUCAACAAGGUGAAGAUCGUGUUCAAGGCACAGGCGGCCGUAGGCUUUCUGAAGUGGCUGAUGGUGCUCGGUGGGAUCGGUAUGAUGGGCGCGGCCGGCGUGUUGCAGUACAAGAAUCGCGACAGCGGCAAACUGGAAAUCACGAAGGUGACGCCGAAAGAGGCCGGGAGCGGCAACGAAGAGAAGAAGGGCUGGCCACCUGGCAUGAACAUCAGCACGAUAUCGGCGUCGGUGCCGCCUAAUCUCGACAGAAACUGAACGCUGAAUUAUUACAGCGAAAAGUUGAUAUUUUACAACAUCGCGAAAAACUCCUUUUAUCUCCCCGCGAAUAUAUUUUUCUAUUAAAAUUAUUCUUAACGUAAGUAAUCGAAGAAGUUUUCUCAGGUAAGCCGCAACAAGUAACAAAAUAAACAAGCGAUCUGUUGCGACGCAACAUACACAUCGAAAGAGUUAAAAGGGGGCGAGGUUUUGUCAAUUUCUUGAAGUUGACACGUCAGCUUCUGGCGAUUUAUCGAUCAACAUAUAACGAAUUUAUUUAUUUAACAAAUUUCUAUUUUUUUCUUAGGAAAUAUCAAAUCCGAAUACACGGAAAAAGUUUGCUAUUGAGGUUUUGCUAUUGACCACAGCGAGAACAAUUUACUCUAUUGAAUUUUUUGUCAACAAAAACGUUUUGUUAGCAAAACAAAAAAUUCAAUAGGUUUAUUAAUUGUUCCUGGCCAUGAUAGUGAACUAAUCUUCUUACUAUUCUAGCAAACUUUUUUUCCCGUGUGUGUAUAGAAUCGUAGGAUAAGAUUCAAUGCGUCUCUUGUAUGUGUGUAACUAGAGUUAAUUAAUGUAAACUACCUCAUUGUAAGAGUGUUAAACUACUUUCACGAAGCUUUCGGCAAUGUAUGUAUACGUAUGUACAGUACAAAGUAGCGGUUUAUUAACUUUUAUAGGAAGAAUGUUACUUUACACUUCAAUAGGUUGCGCUGUUUGUUCGCAACUGUUAAGAUAAUCGACAAGUAUUUUUUGAAACAUGUAAACAAAACACACAGUUGUCAGAUCUUAAGAUUAUUCUACCGUGAAAGCCGACCGUGACGCGUAGCGUAGAUAUGCGAGAAGGCUCGGGACCGCUGACAAAAAAGAUACAAACGGUACAAUCUUAACAAUGAGAAAUUACUUAAGUAAAGUAAGAACGCAGUUAUUUUUUAAGUAGUAGAUAGGAGCAAAAGAAUAUUAACGUUGAACUGUUAACGUUCAACUUACACGCGACUAGAAUCAAGUCUUUGUACAUCUCUUCUAUUUAACGUAAAUUGCGCUCUUUAAUUAUCGAACAACAAGCAACACUAUAUACUUCGAGUUAGAGCGUUAAGAGAAUUUAAAUUUUCUAUUUAUAACACACGUAUAUGUAUUAAGUACACAAUUGUACGUCACAUUUAUCUCUUAAUAUAAAUCUCUGUACUCUCUUGUUUGUUA